AUUUCAUUGCUUAAUUUGAAAUCAACGUAGUAAGUCCUGCAUAAUAUAUCAUCAAUGCAACAUCAGAUUACCAUAAAUAUCUAAGCAUAACAACAUAACUUAACUUAACAAAAUGACACAGUACUUUAAGAGAGAUAUUGAUUUCGAUGUUAAUCGCGAAACGGAAAUGGUGGAUGGUCGCACCUACGGAUUCCUGAACGCCAAGGGAUCGAAUACGCCGAUGCCCACGGCCCAAAAGACAGUUCGUUCCACAACCUUGUUAGAAAAGCUUAAGUCCAUAAGAGCGAGUGAGGACAGCGAGCAACAAUCCAUUCCACAGGAUAAGUCGUCUACGGAUUCAGUGCAAUCAAUUGGCAUGUCCUUUGAAAUGAAACGGAAACUAUUUGAUGAAGCCGAGUUCACCAUAACUCGAGGUCAGAAACUAAGUGAUCUCAUGCAUGCCACAGAUACGGAGUUUAACUUUAGAUCCUACGAGACUGGCAAGAAGACGAUCGCAGAAAUCGAGGCAUACUGUCGCACCAUUAACAUAAAGUUCGCCAAAUGAAGCGAAGUUGUCUUGCAACGCUGCAGUUUAUUAAUCGUAUUGAAAGGAUACAACUAACAUCUAAAAUAGCAAGGACAGAUUGCAAGAUAGACACGAUGAGAUACCGAUAAAAAAUGUAGAGCAGAUAAACUGAAUACGAAUCAAACUUAGAUUCAAUCCAAUCCAACGCAAAUCAAUGAAUCAAAUGAACUAUUUUAUAAAACCGAGCUCACAAUGGAGCGAAGCAAAAAUGCACUUUUAUGGAUCCAGAAAAGCGUUCCCUUCAAUUUUAUAUUUUGUGUACAUACUUAAAGAUUACAAUAACCAAGCAUAUUUCUCCUUAUUAUUGCAAUUUUAAGGAAAUAUAAUAAAAUUAAGUAAUAGUGCGAGCUUCAAGCGAACGUCCAUAUACCUUUUGCAAGGAAAAUCGAUCCAAACUCGUUACACAUUUUUGAAGUUUUUCUCGAGUUGUUGUGCCAGUUUUUUUGCGUAAUAAAUAAACAAAGCAAAGCGACGAUUGACCUAAUAAGUUGUUCAGCACAUUCUGCUGCAUAUCCGCGUACGCACCGUACUUUCUUUAUUGCAUUUCAACUUUCUUUCGGCCCAUGUUUGCUCAACACUUGACACAAUUCUCGAUCGAUCCGAUAAUAAGGAGAUCAUCAACAAAUUUUCAUUGAGCCUAUUGGUGCUGAUAAGGAAUAACUGCACUUGAAACUCGAGAUUUCUUAUCGCCACCGCCUUACGAUCCCCUAUAAUACUUUGCUUUUUAUGCUCCCCUAUACCAGUGCCAUAAACAUUAGUUCGUUUUUUUUUAUGUACCUUAGAAAUACUUAGGUUAGCACAUAGGCGACAUCCCAAAGCAGUUUCAAGCACUUUCCGUACAAAGAUUUAAUAAAUACUUCCUGAACUCCCAGGGGCAUGAAACGUUUGAAUGACAAUUCAGUUCCGCUUCUCGAUUGCAGACAAUUAAGUUCUCAACUUUCACUUGCUACAGCCACUGAUCAUUCAUAAGUAUAUUUCAAUGGGGCACUUCGAAAGCAUUAUCAGUGGGUGCAACCUCUCAAGUUGGACUUCAAAAUGGGCACGAGGACCGGAUCGGAUUUGCAGCGCCACUUAAUUGAUGCAAAUAGAAAUCGAAAUCGUGUCAGAGUCAGAAUUUUUCGCUCAGAUAACGAGACCAUUCGACGCUUGCCGAGAUGCGUCCUUUGGAAUGGAAAAUUUUCAGACUCAGCCGCAAACAUGUUUCGCAUAUGCAGCUUGUAAUUUUCCAUUGACAUUCACAAGAAUUGUAAACUUAACCCUGAACCGGGUUGCAGAUCCAAGGCGUAUUAAUUUUUUUUCAAUAGCUGCGGUUGUUUUUUCAACGCACUAGAGAGUAUGGGUUAUAUAAAGCACGUAAAUGUCUACUCUUAUAAGGAAAGUAAGUUUUCAAUAUAGGAAGUAAAUUCUACCAUUGAAUUCCAAGAAGUCUCAUGAGAAUACGAUUUUAAAGAUAUAUUUAUUUCUUAGAUUGCUUAGAGGCGAAUUUAAACCGAACCCAUGUUUUAUAAAAUAUAACAUAUAAAAAAAUCAUCCUAACUAUAAACAAACCAGAUCAACAGUUCAAGUUCAACUUGUUUUAAAGUUAGUUUUUUGGUAGGGAUUUUUUAAGGAGAUUGUGUCUCAAAAAAGAUAUCCGGACAGGAAAUACCUGUAUGUUGCGUACUUGAACUGAGAACACGUUUGUCGUAUAACAUUUAAAGAAAAACAAUAAACAAAUGCGUCGGCCGUUGGUUCAUUGGCAUGCAACCGUCAAAAUGUGUCUGGCACGUUACCAAA